GUUCUGUCCGACAGUCACACACUUGGGAAUAUCGACAUCUGCUUACUGACCUCGCAGGAGAUGGCAUACCUGAAACCUGCUGUCCUUCUCUUGAUGUUGUGUGUCAAUACAAUACAGGGGUUCUGGGACCUGAGCAUCUUGAAAAACACCUAUAUAGUUGACAUCACAGAGAAAGCAGAAGGGGAGGUUGUUUCAUUUGAAUGCCCUGUGGCAGAAAAGACCAAAGUCUAUUGGUUACUAAAAGGUUACAAACGACCUGGCAGAAUCUUGAAAACCCACGUGAUGGAGAACGAAGACGCUGGGAAUUUCACAUGCCAUCAUCUAAAUGGGGAGCUGGUUGAUUAUAAAACAGUGCUGCUGAAACAUUGGAACCGGAAACACCUGCCAGAGGAGCAGCCGAUUUACUGUGAGGCAAAGAACUACAGCGGCCACUUUAAAUGCUUUUGGAGCAGGGAAAGGGAUGAAGCACAAUAUAUUUUUGAAGCCCAUCGAGGCAAUCACAUCAUCUCUUGCGAGAAGCCAAUCAAGAAUAACAGCAAAUAUGAGGUGAACUGCCAUGACAAUGAAUUCUGCCAAUAUGGGGAAGAGAAUGACAAUAUCACCAUUCACCUGCACGUAUUUGUUGGGAAACAAUACGAGAAUCACAGCCUGUCCUUUAUGCUGCGAUACAUCACCAAGCCUGACCCACCAGCCGAGCUCAGCAAAUCUGGUGAUUCUCUGAAGUGGAAGUACCCAAAGACAUGGUGUAGCGAGCACUCGUUUUUCCCUCUAAUAUUUAAUCUCAACAUAACAAAGCAAAACGAAAGUCCUCGGCACUAUACAGAUAUUGAUAUCACAGAAAAGAAUCUGAAACCGCCUCUGCCUUUCAAGGGGAAAUUCAUCUUUUGUGUCCAAGCCAGAGAUAUGUUCCACAACUCAGCCUGGAGUGACUGGUCUUGUUCCAAGUAGGUAACGUGUAGGCACAGUAAGCCCAGAAAAAAACAAGCAAAUAAACCAAAAAAGAAGAAAAAGCCUGCCCACCGGUGAGGUCCAACUCUUUUCAGAUUACACGUAACCCAGCCUAUGCCCAUCAGAAAUCCUAUCCUCUGGAAGAAAGAUGCCUUUUUAUUUUCAUGCAAAGCUUUAUAUGCCCUGUCUUUUGUUCUCUCUAUGUUAUUUAACUUUCAUAUCCAGUGAUUAUGUAUUUAUAUACACUCCUAUACCUCAUAGACAUACCCAGCUUGUUACAAGGAAAUAGCUUCCAGGAGAUGCUUGGGAAUUCACACAGCAGUUCAAGGUCUUCUGGUUGGCCAAUCUUAAAGGGGUUGUUCACCUUUAAAUGAACUUUUAGUAUGGUGUAAUGAGUUAUAUUCUGUGUUAUUUUUUACUUAUUUAGCUUUUUACUUAGCAGUGCUUCAGUUUGCAAUUUCAGCCAUCUGAUUGAGAGGUUCCAAUUUACCCCAUCAACUAUUCUGAAUUUGAAUAGACUGGAAUAUGAAUUGAGAGAGAGAUGAAUAAUGAAAAGUAGCAAUAACAAUAAGGGGCAGAUUUAUCAA